GUCUUACACCGAAUCUCCAAACAAGUUAUAUCUUGCGCACACAUACAAAGGCUCUAUUCAGCUACUUAGAAUUACCAGCUUAAGCCAUUGUAGUAAGGAUUAAGCAAUGAGAGGCACUGAAUUGCCCAUGCUAAUGAUCAGGGAGGUGGGUUUGGGUAUUGAGAUCACUUCACUGGCCUGUGCCCAAAGUUGAAUGGUCCUGAAUUGUGAUUGUAGCAGGUCAGACGUAGCUUCCAUGCCAUUACAGAUUCAUGACUUGGAGCACAGUCUGACCUUGUCUUUUGGAUAUUUGAGGACCCUGUUGGACAAAGUUGCUAUAUUGUGGGCUGUGGUAUAACUGUCAGUACUGGACAAGACGUGGGGUGUAUGGAGGUUGAAUGUUCUGGGACUGAGGCAGUGAGUUGGAGUCAUGACUACCGACACAGGCAUGCAGUAUAAGUGACAAUACAAGUACCAGUGACACAAGAAACCCAAGAUGGCUGACAGAAGCAAGUCCCCCCAGAGGGGUCGGACUCCAUCGAUUAAAGCGAGCCCGACUCCAUCAUCCCCUCCUCGAGGGAAGCGUACACCAUCUCCUUCCAAGAAAAGUCCUACACCUUCACGGAAGACUUCUCCAAGUCAGAAACGCAGAACUUCCCCAAGUGUCAAGAGUGCAGACAAGAACAGAAAACUUUCCCCAAAAGGGAAGAAGACUCCCCAAAAGGAAUCUCGACCUAAAACUCCACCAAGCCGAAAGUCAUCAUCAUUGAAGAGCCAGAGGACAACUCCCCAGAAGACCCCUGACCUGACCGAGAAGGGCCUGAAGGUCGUGGAUAUGUCAGGGCAAGGAAUGACAUCGGUGCCCGCUUCACUGUUGACAGCUCGAGAUAUUGGAGAACUAUGUCUGGCAUCCAACAACUUGCGAUCACUCCCCCUGGAUAUCAGACGUCUGACUCAUCUGACUAAACUGGACCUCAGCCGCAACGGCAUCCGCUGCACCAGCCCUCAAGACUUCGGCGGCCUGCCGUCAGAGAUGGAGCAGCUGACUGGACUGGAGGAGCUGAAGAUCUCCGAAUGCAACCUGCCCUUCGUCCCUCCUGCAAUAUGGCGCCUCAUAAGUCUCCGCUUUCUUGACAUCAGUCGGAACAAGAUAAACGUUCUUCUUCCUGACAUCGGGAAUCUGACUCGGCUUCAGCGUCUAAAUCUUCAACAAACGAACAUUUCAUCACUGCCCCCCGAAAUUGCUUUCUGUCAGGACCUGGAGGAAAUUCUACUGUGGGGCAACUCGAUCGAGAGUCUGCCAGAAACAUUGCCUGAGAUGCCAAAAUUAAGAAUAAUGGCCAUCAACUACAGAAGUUUCUGUGGUGUUGUUGAUGACUACAUGGAAAACCUGCUCAGAAAAGGACAAAUUAAAUCUGAGCAUAUACCAGUUGUAGUGUUUGAAUUACCUUCCCUUGAGUGCCUUGACCUUGAGAGUACAAAGCUGAACAAUUUGCCUGAUGUGUAUAAUCUGGCCUUGAAGGAAUUCUAUUUGUGCAGAAACUUCUUACAAACCAUCCCGACGUCCAUCUACAAUCUGAAGUAUCUGUCAGUACUGGACCUGUCCAACAACCUCAUGUUAAACCUCCCAGAAGACAUAGGCCGCCUCCGAAGUCUCCAAAUACUGCGAGUGAGCCAAAAUAUGUUUGAGAAGGUUCCUCCCACAAUAGGACUUCUUGGUAACCUUGAGGAACUCAACAUGGCUGGUAACAGAAUCCGCCGUCUGCCACCAGAAAUUCGUGGACUUUUCAAGCUGAAGACGUUGGUACUGGCUCAAAAUGACAUUCAGUCAUUACCUAACGAGAUCUGUGAUCUCACCGAACUAGAAACUCUGGAUUUGACAGACAAUUCCAUCCGACAGUUGCCCAUGAAGCUGUUCCAACUGAGCAAGUUGAAGGUCGCUCACUCGUACAGGAAGUACAAGAAGUACGGACUCUGGCUGUACAAGAACCCCCUCGAACAGCCUCCACCCCAGGUAUGGAGGACAGAGAAGCCAGAACACAUCUAUGACUACCUCAAGAAGUUGGCCAUCAUCAAGACGGAGAACCUUCAGAGGCAGAAGAUCCUUCUCCUUGGUGCUAGUCAGUCCGGAAAGACCUGCUUGGCCAAUCUUCUGGCUCUCAAGAAGUCUAGUCUGACUGCAGGUCUUGACGACAGAACGAGAGUCUUACAGACAAUGCUGUGGAAAACUGAAAAUAAUGUAGAGUUCAUGCUGUAUGAUUUCGGUGGAGAUGACACCUAUCUGAUUACAACGCCGCUCUUCCUCGAUUCGAAGGCUCUAGUUCUUCUGGUCUACAACUGUGCUACUUUUACAGAGGAGGACUACCAUGCAGCAAUUGGGCAGUGGAUUGACCUCCUCAACACACAGGCUCCAGGAGCAGUGGUCAAGAUAAUAGCAUCUCAGUGUGACCUUCUACAGACAUCACAGCAACUGCUUGACCUUGAGAAGACACAAAAGUCUGAGCCUGAGGAACUACCCAAAGAAGAAACUGGUACAAAAGAGGAAGAAUCAAUCAAAGAUGAUGUUACCACCAAAGUCAAUGCUGUCACAGAAGAGGAUGAGGAUGAAAAAGGGGGAACGAAAACAGAUGAAUCCGUCAAAACUGAACAAGAGGUUGCAGAGACUGGGACAACAGCAGCAGCAGAUGACCAAGAACCUAUCAGAGAGAGCAACAACGGUAAAGAAACUGAUGGUGUCACUCAGCAAGAAACAGCAAGAUCUGAGGCUGACCAGGAUCAGAAGGAUAGCAAGAAGGACGCAGGUAGAGCAGUAUCCGGGAGACCAGUGACUAAUACACCAGCAGAAAAUACAUAUGCUCGUUAUGUAGUAAAUACAGCUCAAAGUCAACUGAAAAAUUACAUGAAAGGCGUCACUGAUGAACUGAACAGAGUGCUCAGUGAAAAAGCCAAAGUUGAAAAGUCGUUGAACAGGACUUCAUCAGACCCUGCCAAUGAUGUGGCUGAAGCAGCCUUGAAGCUUCUCCGUGUCCGUCAGAACAAGCUGGAGGAGGUGCGCGGAUGUCCGGUUCGGAUUCUCCCGGAUGUAUCCGUGAUCAGUUCCUCUGACUCUCUUGAAGGAAUAGCUGACCUUGUGGACGAGAUCGAGCAUCUGGCUAUUGACAAGGACCUGUUUCCUCACGCCCAGCGCAGCAUUCCGGGCCACUGGGACAGACUGUGUGGCACGCUGAAGAAGAAGAGAUCUCUGUACCUUCUGUGGGAUGAGGUGGAGGAGAUGGCACAGACCUUCAGACUGCAGGGCAAGGAGCUGAAGGACUGCAUCCACUACCUCCAUGACGUUGGGGAUGUGUUGUGGUACGAGGAUGUCACUGGAUUGUCCGAAAUUGUGUUCCACUGUCCUCUCAAACUCGUUGACAUUUUGGCGUCCCUAUACAGACACGAUAUCACAGAAUUCAUGGAUUUCACUAAAAAUAAGAUCUUCAGUAGUAAAGGAGGACUUACUGAAGAAGAGUUUGAGGAUGUCCGUGAUUCCUUCCACAAACAUGGUCAGGUGUGUCGGCCUCUUCUUAACUCUUUCUGGUUCUAUCAAAAGAUGGAUAAUCUCAUGAUUGAGGACUUGCUAGAGUUGCUUCCCCUGCUUGACCUCUGCUACGCUGUGCCCGAACCCGACAUCCCAUCAUGCCGUCUGUUCUGCCGACCACUGAUGGUCCUCCCAUGGUACAACACAGAUACCAGCGACAAGGACAUCAGUGAACUGUGGCGGAAGAUUCCACUACACAACGAGAAAGAGCUAACUGUAAUAUACAGCUUCCCCUUAUAUUUUCCAGUUGGACUCUUCCAGAAAAUGAGUGCAUCGAUCCAAGAUCUGGUUCUAUCCCGCACGGACUGGUCUGAUGCAGUUUUUGCCACUGCCUAUAAUGAACAAGUGCUAAUGAAGAAAUAUGAACGUGGCAAGGGACAUUUAGUCAAAAUCUUUGUCCGAGGGCUGGAGUUCUCAGCCAUUGAGGAGCUGAUGAAGGAGUUUGUGCAGGUCAUCAACAGCAUGCUGAUCCGAUAUCCCGGUCUCUACUGGACCCUCGACAUCCCCAUGAAAAACAUGAGGUUCCUCUCCGUUGUGGCCAAAUCACCAACAGUGCAGUUUGAACUGACCAGGACCCCUGAGGUGUAGAGGGUCAUGUAAACACCUUCUAUCAUGUCAUGCAGGGAUCACAUCAGAAGUCACAUGCCUGUGGAACAUGUCCUUAGCAAAUAGGCUGAAAACGUUACAGUUGGUUGAUAGACAUUGAAAUGAAUAAGAAAAUGCUUUUGCAAAAAUAAGAGCAAAAAUGCUCCACAAUCUGGAGUUCAUUUCCGCCUUGAUCAAAAUGUUGUAAAUGCAGGGAUAAUUCUAGGGUGGGGCCUUGUGCUUUUAGCCCCUAAAUUUGAAAAAAAGGCCACAUUUUUUAAUACAAUGGGGCAUCUUAACAUUGUGUGGUAUGGGUGUACCUCUUGAAUAUUUGAAAUUUUCUUAUAAAGGACCCAUGUCAGAAAAUUCCCAGGGUGAACCCUGUACAUGGUGUGAGACAUUGUCUCUGUGUAAAAAAGGCAACCAUUAAAUUGAGUCAGAAGACAAACGAAGAGGUUUUAAAUUACUUCAAUCAAAUUCUCGGGGACUGAUAAUUGGCCCGAGGGAACCCCAUCCUGAGUUCAGUUUCCCGACUUGGAGGACAGUUCCAGUUCAGGCAUACUUCGAAGUUUAGCAAAGGUUGUGCUAGCAGGAUUCAGUCAUAACUACUACUACUCAACUUUUGAUAAGGAUAGUUUUAACUUUCCAUGAUACACAAAACUAAGUGAGUGAGUUGGGUUUAACGCCGCUUUUAACAGUAUUCCAGUUAUAU